UUUCAAAAAUGGGGUGUGGAACUAGCUCAAGCUCUAAGAAAGGAAACAAGAAGGAAAAUAUUCGGCCAGUCAAAGCAAACGAGAGACCAGCAGCUACUGGGAAAAAGAGCGAUGCUAAAGCAGCUUCUAAUCAAAACAUCGCACAUCAGAAUACAGUUGAAGAAGUCAAGAGAGAACAAAAUCAAAAGGUAAUUUGGAAUAGCAAGCAGAACGAAGAUGUAAAGGUAGCAGAAAAGGCUCCUCAAGCCCACAAUGCUGAAAAUGGAGAUGCUAUAAAGGCACCAGAAACCAACAAGCCUGUUGGAAAACUGCCUCCUUUAGGCCAUCAGCCUGCUAAACUAGCUUCUGAGGCUGCUCCACAAGCCGCUGCGGCGAAACCUAAGAAGGCUAAAGUAGAUUUAGCAGAACUUCGUCUUAAGGACCAUGAUUUCUACAAAAAUCUUCUCGGGAAGAACAUAGAUAAUUUUGACGUCUUAACAAAACUGUAUGAAGAAAAGGGUCAAUUCCAGUACGAAGGGGACAUGUUUGGCAAGGUUAGAUGCUUCAAAGCCAAGACUAAAGAAGGUGAAGAAUAUGUCUACCAUGGCCUAGCCCAUCCAAGGCAGAAUAUUCCACAUGGCGCUGGUAUAAGGGUAUCCUCCUUCGGAAUUGUUGAUGAGGGAUACUUCAAGCAUGGGCAUAAAGAAGGCAAGCAAAGGAUGCUUAAUACAGCAGGAGGAUGGGCAGUUGGGACUUAUAAAGCCAACAAACAUCAUGGGGAUUGGACUUUCGCUUAUCCAGAUAAAGACGGAGUAAUCCUUGAAACUGGUAAAUGCUUCAAAGGAGCUAAGGUUGGCAAAUACACUCUCACUCAGCCAGAUGGGACUGUGAAAGAUAUUGAGUUCCCUGAAGCACCAUAAUUUUCCAAACUUCUGAGUAAUCCCCAUAAAGUGUUACCAUUUGAAGGAAGAUGGGUAAUAACUUGAAAUUUCAAUUUAAG